AAAGAGUGAGGCACUUGGAAUCUUUAACCCUUAUUAGAAAAUAUCUACUAUCAAAGGAGAACACUCUGAGUUCAUUAACAUAUCAUAUCGAUAUGUGAGUUACGCCACCAAGAUAGUGGAGAUAUGCAACAUUUCAAAACAUAUCAACAAACUCAACAAUAUGAUAGACGCUCUAUCACAUGCACACACGGGGACAGUAUUACACAAGUAGUGCACGAUGCUGACUGCACUGUCAAAUAAAUCAGCGCACAGCCUUGCUGACCGAAAUUAGGCACGUAUGAGGCUCUUUGAAUUCAUGGCUUCACUAGACUGUCAGAAAUGAAGGCAUGGGGUGACUGUUUAGCCAGCGUGACAGAAUUAAAAUAGAGAGAAUCAUCAUUCAACUAGAUAGGUAAAGCACAAACACAACGCUGCUGAAAUUGUCGUUGCUGCAUAGAUCGCCUACUGAAAAUAUAGGCGAUUUAAACUUGUGUAAAAUUACUCAAAUGGAGUCGGUACGAGUAUCCUGACUGCUUGACACACAAUAGGUGACAUACUCCCACGGUAAACAGUACCCACAAAGAUCCACACGCGCCUGGGUACGCUCACUCUAAUCACACACACACAGAACACUCCUGCGCGCGCGCGCGCGCACACACACACACGCGUGCACAAACAGUGUAUCUUUUGCUAUGUGCAGCGUGGUUGGAUCCACUACAAUAACGGAGAGCGAGACUCAAAUGUCCUACACAGCAGUCGUGAACGAGGGGGAAGUCAUUCUGCGGCGCGAACGGGUUCCUUCCCAAACAGACUUAUACAUGAAAAUGGCACUAUCCAAAGAUUAAAGCGGACACAUCAUACUUGAGCGUCAUCACAUCACAGCUUUGACAGUGGUGCGGAUAACAGUGGUGAGAAUGUGUUGGGGAUGUGGUGCAGACCUUGAGAACCGCAAUCCCACCUAUGUUUCUCUCAGGAUCUGUUCGCCGCAUAACGCUCUUUCACCUUGGAAGGAGGAUGACUCCAGCCUUGUCAGGGCCUCCAGCAGCCUGCAGUGAGGUGAAGGUCUGAGCGGAGAGCCGUCUCGCCUGAGCACAGCGCUCAGUCGCCUGAGGAUGGAGGGCCAGCUGGGGUCAGAGCCAAGGUCAGGGGAGGACAGAGAGGCCUCUACCCAGAGGAGAGCCUCGCCAUCGGGGAGAGUGGAUCCAGGCUCGGGCUGCUGCAAACAGAACGGCCUCAUCAACACCCACAGCCUGAGGGUGGAGACCAAAGAAGGGGUGGUGUCUGUGUACUCGGGCCCCCAGUAUCAGGGCCACGUGGUGGUGAACCUGUCCCCUCAGCAGGUGUCCUGUGUGGGUGGGGUAGGGGGGGCAGGCCCCCCCCCACAGCUGCUGAACCCCAGCGCUCUGCAGCAGGGCGUGGACCCGCGGUUCCGACCCAACCUCAUCGUGUGCUCGGAGAGCGUGCUGCGGGCCUGGGGCGAGGCAGCGGCGGGCGGGGACUGCUGCGAGACCACCUUCAUUGAGGACCUAUCGCCCGCCUCCUCCACCACUACAGUAACCAAGGACGGGCUCGUGUUUGCAGACGGGAAGUUCCUGGAUCUCUCCAUGGAGGAUGGCAAGAUCCAGACGCUGUCCUACGACAUGGACGACGACGACGACUUUCAGGAGCUUGAGAGCGACUACUCGAGUGACUCGGAGAGCGAGGACAACUUCCUGAUGAUGCCCCCCAGAGACCACCUGGGCCUCAGCGUCUUCUCCAUGCUCUGCUGCUUCUGGCCGCUCGGCAUCGCUGCCUUCUACCUGUCUCACCAGACCACGAAGGCGGUGACUAAGGGUGAUUUCCACCAGGCCAGCUCCAGCUCACGCCGCGCCCUCUUCCUGGCUGUGCUGUCCAUCACCAUCGGCACCGGCAUCUACGUGGGCGUGGCUGUCGCCCUCAUCGCGUACCUCUCCAAAAACAACCACUUGUAGCCUUGCUCCGCCCCCCCAUAGCCCGCCCCUCCCCCAUUGGACAUCCUGAGCUGUUAAGGGGAGGGGCCUUUCACCUGGACCUGAAUGACAUGUGUAAGUCAAAGCAAAUGGGAUGCCUCUGCUUUGAUACACACAGAUUUGAGUUGCCGUUGUUAGUAUCCUUCAGAGCUGGCGGUGACCUGCUGGUGCUUGAGUCAGAUACACACACACACACAUACACACACAUACACACAUACACACACACACACACACACACACACACACACACACACACACACACACACAGAGCUGGCGGUCACCUGCUAGUGCUUGAGUCGGAUACACACACACACACACACACACACACACACACACACAGACACACAGAGCUGGCGGUCACCUGCUGGUGCUUGAGUCAGAUAUAGACACACACACACACAGAGCUGGCGGUGACCUGCUGGUGCUUGAGUCAGAUCUGCUUCAGGUUCUCCUCCUCCUCUUACUACAGCAGUGUAACUCUAAGUCAACACCAUAUUUGAAUGAUACUGGGGACACAUUAUAACACACACACACAGACACACACACACACACACACA